AUGCCACUUCCCGAAGUCCCUCAUGCCUACGUCCCAAGGGACAUCGACACCCUGAAGAUUCCCCAGGCGAAGCGGCUGGAGUUCAAGACCGAGUACCUCUUCACAUAUACAAUGCAGCUCCCCGAGGACGAUCCCCCUUUCAUCAUCGGCAGUAACGCCGACGGAGUCUCAUUGAUUAUUACGGAACGCGGAACCCGCGUAUCAGGGCCUCGCAUCAACGGAUCGUUCAUCCGCGAAGGGAAUGACUACGUUACUAUCCGCCCGGAUGGGAGCUCGAUUCACGACGUGCGCUGUGUGAUUCUUACCGACGACGGUGCGCGCAUUAAGUUCAUGUAUAAGGGAAAGGGGGACUUUGGUUCGACUGGUUAUACAGAUGUGCUAGAAGGAAAGAUGCCCGAGAAGGUGAAGAUCCGUUGCGGACCGCAUUUGGAGACUGCGCAUCCGGAGUAUCAGUGGGUGAAUGGGCUGCAGUGCAUUGAGGUGGGCGAGUCAUCUCAUAAUGAUAGUUGA